AGCUGAUCUUCCGUGAUGGACCCAGAAGCAACCUCAGUUUCUGCGGAGUAUUUCUAUGCUACAAGCCAAAGUCCUGAUGACAUGGAGGAGACCCCCUCCCAUCUUCCUUACAUAUCUGUUUUCCUUCCCGUCUUUUAUACAGCCGUGUUCCUGGCUGGAGUGCUGGGGAACCUCAUCCUCAUGAGUGCCCUGUAUUUCAAACAAGGCAGCCGAAGACUGAUUGACAUCUUUAUCCUGAACCUGGCUGCUUCUGACUUCAUUUUCCUCGUCACGUUGCCUCUCUGGGUGGAUAAAGAAGCAUCUUCAGGACUGUGGAGAACAGGCUCUUUCCUGUGCAAAGGCAGCUCCUAUGUGAUCUCAGUCAACAUGCACUGCAGUGUCUUCCUGCUCACCUGCAUGAGUGUUGACCGCUACCUGGUCAUUGUGCAUCCAACCGUCUCCAGGAAAUUCAGAAGGAAAGACUGUGCCUAUGGAGUCUGUGCCAGUAUCUGGCUUAUCUCCUGCCUCCUGGGGUUGCCUACUGUUCUGUCCAGGGAGCUCACCCUGAUUAAUGAUAAGCCAUACUGUGCAGAGAAGAAGGCCACUUCGAUUAAACUGACUUGGGCCCUGGUGUCCUUAAUUUUUACCUUCUUCGCCCCUUUAGUGAGCAUUGUGACCUGCUACUGUUGCAUCACAAGGAAGCUGUGUGUCCAUUACCAGCAGCCUGGAAAGCAUAACAGAAAGCUGAGGAAAUCUAUAAAGAUCAUAUUUAUUGUUGUAUCAGUCUUCGUCUUCUCCUGGCUGCCCUUUAAUACUUUCAAGCUUCUGGCUAUUGUCUCUGGGUUUCAGCAAGAACUCUACUCAUCCUCAUCUGUCCCCCAACUGGGCAUGGAGGUGAGUGGACCCUUAGCAUUUUCCAACAGCUGUGUCAACCCUUUUAUUUACUAUAUCUUUGACAGCUACAUCCGCCGGGCCAUUGUGCACAGCUUGUGCCCUGGCCUGAAGAACUAUGACUUUGGGAGCAGCACUGAGACAUCAGACAGUCACCUUACUAAGUCUCUCUCCAACUUUGUUCAUGCAGAGAAUUUCGCCAGAAGAAGAAAGAGGUCUGUAUCACUCUAA